UUUUCGUGCGAGUCGUUGUGUUGUUUUCGCUUGCAAUUUUGUUUAAAAAUAUGAUAUUAAAAGCUUUCUAAACUAUCCCCGUCUCAAAAAUAAGUGUUUUUAUUGAUACGUUGACGUUUCUGGCAAUACAUAGUGCAUUUUUGAAUGAAAAGUGCCAUUUAAAAAACAAUGCCGAAGUCUCGGAUUCCGUCGCCGGCACGUUCUCAAGGGGCUCCGGUGACGCCCCGUCGAAACCGGCUGCGUAGUACUCGCAGCGUGGGUUCUCCGGCGCGCUCAACGACCUCAGGACGCCUUAGUUCCAUCGUGGACCAGUUCAAAGAGCACAACAAGGACUCCUUCGCCCUUUCUCCCUUGAGCAAGACUGUUUUGAGUGACAAUACGGAUAUUGAAAUACCUAGACGUAAAAGCUGGUGGAAGAAAGUGGAAAAUUCAAGAGAUGUGAUAGAAAUACUGGACAAUGACAAACCAGCAAACCCUAAUGUGUUGGAGGAAUUUGAUGUUGAAAUUUUAAGCCAAGAAAAAAAGGAAGUAAAAGAUUACACUUUAGAUUUACCAGAAAGCAGUGACAGUGAAUCUAUUAGCAGCAUAGUAGUACCACAACGCAGAUUAUUCACCCAAAAAGAAAAUGUGCCCCAAAAAAAGUUUGGUCAAGUUAUUGGAAACAGAGAAACUAUGGCCAAACACAACAAAACAAAACUGGAAGAUGAAAAAACUGCUAACGUUGGUACAAAAAACCUCUUUUCCAAACAAUCUAAACCAGUGUUUCCCUCUGGGCUACUUAAUAUAACAGCAGAUAAAACCCUCGCUAAUAAAACCAAUGAUUUAGCAACAGAAGUAAAAGGCCAACCUAGAAAUCUGUUUGGUAAUCGUCUGGGUACCAAAAGAAAGAACAUGUUUGCAGAUUUUGUUGUGUCUGAAAGUGAGGAUGAGAUCCCAGAUAUACAGCCUAAGCUUUUUGCAUUUCAUAAGCAAUCUGAACCUUCUAGGCGCAGUAGCGCCACUUCUAGGGGCAUGCGAGAUCCUUCACCCACCUCUAGUAUCACUACUGACAUAGAAAUGGAUGAUUGGAAGCUUCUGCCUUCGUCUACCAUGGUUGAACAUCAGCUCGAAGCAAAUCUUACUACUCCUGGAAAGAGAGCUAGGCUGAGUAAGCUGUCUGAAGCUAAAGAAUCUACUGCCACUGAUUCCACAAAGCAAUCAAUUAAAUCUGGGUCUUCCAAAAAUAAAUCCAAAACAUUGACAAGUCCCAAAGAAGAACAAACUGAAAAAAUUGUAAAACAUCAAACAUCGCCUACGAAUGAUGUACUCGAAGAUUCGAGACCUAAAACGCGUAAUUCGACCCGCAAUAAGAGUAAACUGGACAGCAGUAAGCCUACGAACACUUCCCUCGCACAAAAUAAUUCAAAUGUUGCUGUCGGAGAUAUGACUGAAACAAGUAAUUUAAAAAACAGAACAAGAGUCAUCCAUAAGAAUGCAAACACUCAUUUUUCAACUCAAAAUUUGGAAGAAACAGAACAAGCAGAUGUAGUAGAUGCCAAAAGACAUUAUGAAGAUGAACCAGCUUGUGAUGCAGAGAUGCCAGAAGAGCAAAUAGAAGAUGAUGAAGAAAUUGCUUUAACUUAUGAGGACAAUGAAGAACAUCAAGAAAAAAGUGAAACACAUGCUGCUGUUGAAAAUAAAACUAAAAAUAUGUCUUCCAAUAAUACACUUCCAAAAGACUCUGAAGUCCCUGAUCAAUUAGAGAAAGAAUUAGCUAGUAUAGUUGGAGAAGCGGCUGAAAACAUUAUACAGACCGAAACGCCCAUACAUGAAAAGUCAAGCCACAUGAAUAAGAAAGUUGUUGAAGAGACUCCUGACACACAGACGUUUACAGAAAAACUUAUCCAAAAUGCAAUUCCACAAAAAGAAGCUACAGGCGUUAAUGCAAGUAGAAAGUUGGAAAAUGAUGAAAAAAUGGAAGCAUCUGAGAUGAACGACCAACACGAGUCUACAGCACUUACAACUGAAGUACAAGUAAAACCUCAAAAUAAAACAGUCAGACAAGAAAUUGAGGUAGGACAAGAAACAAAGAUUUUUGAAGUUAAUAAGUUGAAAGAUAAAGAACUAGACCAACAGGAAGGAAUGGAACAAGAACAAAUAGAAGCGAAUAAUGAAGACGCUGAAGAGAUGGAAGCGAGUAACCAAAAAGUAGAACAAAACGUUCUAGAAGAAGUAGAAAGCGACGAAGAAGCAGAAGUAAGUGAACAAGAAGUCGAAGCAGGUGAUGAAGUAGCUGAAGCAAGUGAUCAAGAAGUUGAAGUGAGUGAUCAAGAAGUAGAAGUGAGUGACCAAGAAGCCGAAGGGAGUGACCAAGAAGCCGAAGCGAGUGACCAAGAAGCCGAAGCGAGUGACCAAGAAGCUGAAGUGAGUGACCAAGAAGCCGAAGCGAGUGACCAAGAAGCCGAAGCGAGUGACCAAGAAGCCGAAGCGAGUGACCAAGAAGCUGAAGUGAGUGACCAAGAAGCCGAAGCGAGUGAUCAAGAAGCCGACACAAGCGAAGAAAAAACAGAAGCAGAGCAGGAAUUAGAUGCUGAUGAAGAAGAAGACCAAGAACAAAGUGAGCAAAACAUCGAAACGAGUGACAAUGAAGAGGUUCAAGCUACUGAAAAUGAUCAAAAGGAUCAUGAAGUAAGUCAAAACAUUGACGAUCAGGAUGAUGAUCAAGAAGAACACGAAGAUGACGAGGAAGAUCCUUCAGAUAAUGAAGAAGAAGUACAAAAUGACAGUCAAGAAAUUGGUCAUGAAGAAAUAAAUGAGAGCCAAGAACAAAUGGAGACUGCUGACAAUGAGACUGAAGAAGUAGAGGAAGAGAAUGAAGAAAUAAAUGACAGUGAAGAACCUGAACAAAGCGAAGAACACACUAAUAACCAAGAAACAGAACCACAGCAGUCCUCACAUGAAGACGCUAACAUAACACACGACACUACAGGCAGCAACAGGAAAAAACGGGAAACAAAUUCCCCAGAAGCAAUUUUACACAAUGUAUCUAACGAAAUGGAUUCCUUCACGGCUAAAGGACGAAAUACUAGCAUUAGAAAAACGAAAAGUAUUCUUAAAAACUUUACUAUCAGACCUAGUUUAGCGCCACCAAGAGAAAGCACAGGGUUCAGUGACGGAACUAAGAAUUCCAGCGCAGAAGGUUCAGGAUGGGACUCGCACAGAACAACACGUAAAACGUUGAGGCAAACUUUUGGAAAAGAAUUCACGCCUAGGAAAUCGCUAAGAGCAUUGGUUAUGGAGAAGUCAGCAAAACGACAAACAGCAAUAAACGAAGCUAAUGCUGAAUUAAAACUACCGCAAGCUAACUCUACAGAAUUACAAGAUUACAAUCAAGAUGUGGAGAUGGAUUAUGACGAGAAUGUGGACCCACUUGAAUCAGACCACGAGAUAUCGAGGCGAACUCGUCAAACUACAUUAGAAAUGUACCUGCAGAAGAUUAAGAAAGAGAACAUGGAUAGGAAACUGAAAAUUGAAGAGCAAGUACGAAACUCCUUAAAAUCCAACCCAGUUCGUCUGGACGUACUGAACUUCAAAGUGCCAGCGAAGCCGACGAUACGUCGCGCAAUGAAAUCUUCAUUACAAACCGCUCAAAAAGUGAAGCGGCUGAAACCAUCAGUGAUUCCACUGGAAGAUUUGCCACAGGAAUUGGUUGAGGACAUGAAGUAUAGGCCUCCGAAGCGGUUCCGGCCCAGUAACGCGUCUUGGAUCACAAAGAGGCUGUAUAAGUUCUUAGAAACCAAACUAGAGCCCAAAUACGACUACAAAGCCCGCGUCCGCGCAGAGAAGCUAGUCGAAACGAUCUACAACUUCGUACGCGACGUGCGCAGACACCGCGUGGCGCCGCCGCACGCGGUCACCGAGCUCAAGAGGGAGAUGGCGCGUCUAGACGUCACCAAUACACACUUCGAGUUUUAUAACUUCUUCAACGAUUACUUGCCUGUCGAGAUUAAAGUUAAGGUGGUACCAGACAUAGUAAACGACAUACCACUGCCUAGAGAAGGCGUGUUCGCGCCCAUUCUGGUAUAGCUGCAGAAGUGGUACAUAAAGCAGGACUUAUUGUGGCUCGAUAAUGUAAUUAUUGAUAUUAAUCUGAAUCAUGAAGUAUUUUAAUAAUUUUUGCAUUUCGAUGAAUGACUGUGUAAUAAAAAAUGUGUUUUGAA